AGGUGAGCUGCGGAGGGGGAGCCUAGGCGGAUCGGUGAGGGCAGGGGGUGCCGGGGGUGGAGGAAUCCGGGGCUCCUGGCCCUCGGGUGCACACAGCCUGCCGCUCCCCGGAGCUCGGGCAGCCCCCUUUCCCGACGCGGUCACGAAGGACUCGAGGGGUCAGGGAUCUGCCCAAGGCCCCGCCCGCGCCCAGGAAGGUUCAGACCUGCGGGGUCGCGGCGCCCACGUACCGUCCUCACCUGGGCGCAGGGGCGCGUGUGGCCUCACCCCGAUGGGGCAGGGUUUAGCAGCUCCAGGCGGGGAAGAGCUCCCCCAAGUGACAUUGUCUCCGCUUCUUGCCGUCAACCCGUGUUUUCUGUGGGAUUCCUGAGUCCCUCGGGGACCCUCAUAGCUGCGCCUGCCUGGUGGAUGCUGGGCUGCUGUGAGUCCCAGUUUCCUCACCUAUGAAGCGGGUGGGGUGGUGGAACGGACUGGCCCCUCUGCCAGCAGGUGGGAUGCUAUGGAAUAUGAUGAGAAGCUGGCCCGGUUCCGGCAGGCCCACCUCAACCCCUUCAACAAGCAGCUUGGAUCGAGGCAGCAUGAGCAGCGGGCCGCUGAGGAGGCCCCAGACACCACUUCCGAAGAGAGCCCGCCUGAGCCGCCCGCUGGGGAGCCGGAGUUCCACUGCACCGAGCGCGUGAUGGACCUGGGUCUGGCCGAGGACCACUUCUCCCGCCCCGUGGGCCUGUUCCUGGCCUCAGACGUCCAGCAGCUGCAGCAGGCCAUCGAGGAGUGCAAGCAGCUGAUCCUGGAGCUGCCCGAGCACUCGGAGCAGCAGAAGGACGCCGUCGUGAGGCUCAUCCACCUCCGGCUGAAGCUCCAGGAGCUGAAGGACCCCAAUGAAGACGAGCCCAACAUCCGCGUGCUCCUGGAGCACCGCUUCUACAAGGAGAAGAGCAAGAGUGUCAAGCAGACGUGUGACAAAUGCAACACCAUCAUCUGGGGGCUCAUUCAGACCUGGUACACCUGCACAGGGUGUUACUACCGCUGUCACAGCAAGUGCUUGAACCUCAUCUCCAAGCCCUGUGUGCGCUCCAAAGUCAGCCACCAAGCCGAGUACGAGCUGAACAUCUGCCCGGAGGCGGGGCUGGACAGCCAGGAUUACCGCUGUGCCGAGUGCCGCGCGCCCAUCUCUCUGCGAGGCGUGCCCAGCGAGGCCCGGCAGUGCGACUACACGGGCCAGUACUACUGCAGCCACUGCCACUGGAACGACCUGGCCAUCAUCCCUGCGCGCGUGGUGCACAACUGGGACUUCGAGCCACGCAAGGUGUCCCGCUGCAGCCUGCGCUACCUGGCACUGAUGAUGUCACGGCCGGUGCUCAGACUCCGAGAGAUCAACCCUCUGCUGUUCAACUACGUGGAGGAGCUGGUGGAGAUCCGGAAGCUGCGCCAGGACAUCCUGCUCAUGAAGCCAUACUUCAUCACCUGCAAGGAGGCCAUGGAAGCGCGUCUGCUUCUGCAGCUCCAGGACCGGCAGCACUUCGUGGAGAACGACGAGAUGUACUCGGUGCAGGACCUGCUGGACGCGCACACGGGCCGCCUGGGCUGCUCGCUCACUGAGACGCACACGCUCUUCGCCAAGCACAUCAAGCUGGACUGCGAGCGGUGCCAAGCCAAGGGCUUCGUGUGUGAGCUCUGCAGAGAGGGCGACGUGCUGUUCCCCUUCGACAGCCACACGUCCGUGUGCCGCGACUGCUCCGCCGUCUUCCACAGGGACUGCUACUACGACAACUCCACCACCUGCCCCAAGUGUGCCCGGCUCACCCUGCGGAAGCAGUCUCUCUUCCAGGAGCCCCGGGCCGACAUGGACGCCUAGAGCCAUGGGCACCUCUCCUCGGCCUGCCUGGAGCCCACCUUCCUGGCCAUUGCCAAUGCCAAGGUGUUUCCUGUGCUCUGAAGACCCCUGGGGUGCAGCCCCUGGACCUCUCCCCCAUGCUGGGCCUGGGGGGCAUAAGUGCCACAGGGACCAUUGCGUCUGGGAGCUUGCUGGGACUUGGGGCUGUGCCAGGCUGCUUCCUGGGUGGGCUGCUGCGGUGAGGGCUGGAGUGUGCCCCCGCCCCUGCAGGGCUCUGUGGGCAGGGGAGUGGACAGCUCCUCUUCUUCCCUGUGGUGAAGAGCCCCCCAUGCCCUUGGAGCUUAGGCAGCAGGGUAUCAGCCACCAUGCCAACCCUGGUUGGCCUCAGGGGAUUGGCUGACGAGACCCGAGGAUGCCAGCUGCACACAUCCAGCCUGGGCCUGAGGCUCAUGUGCAUGGAUGGUUUGGGAUCUACCUGGAGGCUCCCAUCCCCCCAGCCCUUGUUCCUUUGGAAUCUUCUGGUUGUUCCUGGCUGGGGUUCCUCAUAGCUGUCCCCCAAGGGCCCUGGCCCUGUCUCCACGGUUCUCUCCAGUAGGUGAGAUGUUGCCUGGAGACCAGGAACUGAUGGACAGGGCCAGUCCUGGGCCUUUCUGUGCCACAGAGAGGGAAGGGGGCCAUGGGGCCCUCCUCUGGUGGACUGGCUACAGCUCCUGACUUGGCCUCGUCCGGCUCUGGCCUCACCCUGCUGCUCUGAGUGGGUGGCUGGGACCCUGCCUCCAGGUGUGGAGAUGGGGAGACUCCAGGUUAAGCAAGAGGACUGGUUACAGCAGGCUCAAGUGGCAUUUCUGGGGACCAGAUUUGUCCCACUGCAGUGCCUGUGGAGGAGCCUGGACAGCCUGGAGACCACCAGCCAGGGACCUUUUCUGGGGGGCCUGAGGUCAGGUGCUGGGAAUACCGGCUGCAGGGAGCUCCAGGCAGGAAGCCUAGAGCCCACAGAGGAAGAGGCCCCAGCACCUGACCCACUGCUCCUCAGUGGGGGAGCUGCGCCGACUCGAGAUCUGCAGGGAGGCCCGUGUGUCGGAGGCCCUGCACCGAGGGGAAGGCCUGAGGGAAGGCGCUUCCCUGGCUGCACUGUGCUCGGCUGCCUCUCGCAGGUGCAGGGCGGUGGGCAGGGGACACAGCCACUGUGGUGCCCCUCACCCUCGACUGGGAAGCCCACGGGAAGAGGUCGUAGCCAGCAGAAGGGGCAGCUCAGCUUGCUGGCUGAUGCGAGGGGCACUGAAGACAGUGCUGUGUGGUGGCUUUAGGUGACCCUGCUCUGACCUGCCUCAGUGUGACAGCAAGGAGCGGGCUCAACGACGGGUCCUCGGCCCACCUCUCCUCUGGGGCUGCAUAGGGGGUAAGGGCAGGUGCUUUGGGUCUGCACGUUUUCAUGUCCACACAUUUCUGUCUUGGGGACAGUAGCCGUCUCUGAGUUUCCCGUGUCACAUGGUCCAGAGAAAACGUUAGCACGCUGGCAUUUGUCCGACAGAGCUGGCUGCCCUCCUUUUUUCUAAGCUCCCUUAAUUACCUCCUGCCUCAACACCUCUUCCCCACCUACGCCUUCUGGAUGACAAAGUCUCCAAACAGAAUCACGGCGGUCUGAGUCCACAGCCACGUAACAAAACCCACCGAGAAACCGGUUUGCACCUCCCAGAGGAACAGUGAGGGGCACCAGCUGGGACGAGGUUGCAGCCACUGUCGCAUUAAAUCUGUGUACUCCAGAC